CAACGUCAUUCUGAUUGGAGCAAAGGGCACACAAAUACCUCACCCUGUUUUCAGUCCGCACUGAUUUUCCGACUCAAGCCCUGUGGACUCUUUCUUAAGGUGCAAAAUUACCUUCGAUCGAUCAGCCAUUCAUCAGUGUUCCUAGGACUCGCUCUCAACAUGGCCAGCACCUUCUCACGGAUCCUGGGCAAUAGGAAGGCGAGCGGCAUCCUGACGCUGGUGGGAGCCGGUUCCCUGGCGGCUGGUUACCUGCUGGCCAGGGACUGCGUGAAGGCAGGGAGCGAGCAGAGGAAACUCUACCCCGCCAGUGCUGACUAUCCCGAUCUUCGAAAGCACAACAACUGCAUGUCCUCCAGUAUGACCCCUGGCAUUUAUGCCAGACUUCGGGAUAAGACCACACCCAGUGGCUGGACCCUGGAUCAGAGCAUCCAGACUGGAGUGGACAACCCCGGACAUCCUUUCAUCAAGACUGUCGGCAUGGUAGCAGGCGAUGAGGAAUCCUACGAGGUCUUUGCAGACAUUUUUGACCCUGUCAUUAUCGAAAGGCACAAUGGAUACGACCCAAGGACCAUGAGACACCCAACGGACUUGGACGCAAGCAAAAUCAGGAACGGGCAGUUUGACGAGAAGUACGUCCUGUCUUCCCGGGUGCGGACAGGCCGCAGUAUCCGUGGGCUGAGCAUGCCCCCUGCCUGCACCCGUGCCGAGAGGAGGGAGGUGGAGAGGGUGACUGUGGAUGCCCUGGCUGGGCUGAAGGGCGACCUGGCAGGAAGAUACUACAGCCUGUCCAACAUGACUGACAAGGAGCAGCAGCAACUCAUUGAUGAUCAUUUCUUGUUCGACAAGCCGGUGUCCCCUUUGCUGACCUCUGCCGGGAUGGCGAGAGAUUGGCCUGAUGCCCGUGGGAUCUGGCACAACAACGACAAGACAUUCCUAAUCUGGGUCAACGAGGAGGACCACACUCGAGUCAUCUCCAUGGAGAAGGGGGGCAACAUGAAGAGGGUGUUUGAGACGUUCUGCCGAGGUCUCAAAGAGGUGGAGAGACUGAUCUCGGAGAAAGGCUGGGAGUUUAUGUGGAACGAGCGGCUGGGCUACAUCCUGUCCUGCCCGUCCAACCUGGGCACUGGACUGCGAGCUGGGGUGCACAUGAAACUGCCCAUGCUCAGCAAGGAUCCUCGCUUCGCCAAGAUCCUGGAGAACCUGCGGCUGCAGAAACGCGGCACGGGGGGCGUGGACACGGCCGCUGUGGGAGGCGUGUUCGACAUCUCCAACCUGGACCGGCUGGGCAAGUCCGAGGUGGAGCUGGUCCAGGUGGUGGUGGAUGGGGUGAACUACCUGACCGAGUGUGAGAAGAGACUGCAGAGGGGACAGGACAUCAAGGUCCCUUCACCCCCGACCUCUGGCAGACGCUGAGCUCCAUCUCCCGACUCCGUCCGUGUGCUUAACGUGUCGUUAACGUGUUACCGUGGCUUCCAGCUCUGUGUGAAUGUUUCCCCAGCAGCAGAUCCAAUAAAGUCCCCGUGUUCCAUCCACCAUAA